AUGGAGGGGAAUGCCGAAAUGGAGAUGCUGAGGACACUGAAGGGGCCCUCCACAGGAGAGGUCAACGUGCACCUGGUGGCCAGAGACAGCCCAGGUUCCAGCUCUCACCUGCCUACUACCGCCUUCAUCAUCCCAGCUGGCUCGGCCACCCUUGGCCUGCCCAGCAGUGCCCUGGAUGUUUCCUGUUUUCCACGGGAGCCCAUCCAUGUGGGCACUCCGGAGCGAGUGGCGGGCAGCGUACCUGUCACGGCCACCGUUCUGCCGCAGUUAAGCCCCGGGCCUGCGGCCAGCUCCGGCACCACCUCAGUGCGGCUCCUGGAGUGGACGGAGGCCGUGGCCCCGCCUCCUGGGAGCGGCCUGCGGUUCCGGAUAAGCGAGUACGCACCGCUGAACAUGGUAGGAGCGGAGCAGCCCCCGAGUCCAGAGCUACGGCCCGAAGGUGUGGCCGAAUAUGAAGAUGGCGAGGCCCCGGCGGGAGGUGGCGAUGCGGGCACCCAACAGCCGGCGGACCUCCCCCAGGAUCCUCCAGAAGAUUCCCCCCAGGAUCCCCCAGAAGAUGAUGGCACCUGUCAGUGCCAGGAGUGUGGACCUCAGCAAAGCGCGGUUCCAGAUCCUGUUGGUUCCUCCAAUGAUGACUGCCCGCCGCUGUUCCAAGAGCGGUCAGUCAUAGUGGAGAACUCCUCAGGCCAGAACUCCUGCACCAGCGCUUCUGAGCUUCUCAAACCCAUGAAGAAGAGGAAGCGCAGGGAAUACCACAGCCCCUCAGAGGAGGAGUCAGAGCCUGAGGCCUUGGAGAAGCAAGAAGAAGGAAAGGAUCCAGAGGGACAGCCGGCUGCUAGCACCCCAGAGAGUGAGGAGUGCAACAACAGCCAGUCUGCAUCAGGGGAGAAGAAAGAAGGCUGGUCAUGGGAGUCCUACCUCGAGGAGCAGAAGGCUGUCACUGCCCCUGUCAGCCUCUUCCAGGACUACCAGGCAGUCACUCAUAAUAAGAAUGGCUUCAGACCGGGCAUGAAGUUGGAAGGCAUCGACCCUCAACACCCGUCCAUGUACUUCAUCCUCACCGUGGCCGAGGUGUGUGGCUACCGCCUACGUCUGCACUUUGAUGGGUAUUCCGAGUGCCAUGACUUCUGGAUCAAUGCCAACUCCCCUGACAUUCACCCGGCCGGCUGGUUCGAGAAGACUGGACAUAAGCUGCAGCCCCCCAAAGGUUACAAGGAGGAGGAGUUCAGCUGGGGCCAGUACCUGCGCAGCACACGAGCUCAGGCCGCCCCCAAGCACCUGUUCAUGAGCCAGAGCCACAGCCCCCCACCCCUGGGCUUCCAGGUGGGCAUGAAGCUGGAGGCAGUGGACCGCAUGAACCCGUCCCUCGUCUGCGUGGCCAGCGUGACCGACGUGGUGGACAGCCGCUUCCUAGUGCAUUUUGACAACUGGGAUGAUACUUACGACUACUGGUGUGACCCCAGCAGCCCCUACAUCCACCCGGUGGGCUGGUGCCAGAAGCAAGGAAAGCCCCUCACCCCUCCACAAGACUACCCAGACCCUGAUAGCUUCUGUUGGGAGAAGUAUCUGGAAGAAACCAGGGCAUCUGCUGUGCCCACCUGGGCCUUCAAGGUGCGGCCCCCACACAGCUUUCUGGUCAACAUGAAACUGGAGGCCGUGGACCGCAGGAACCCAGCCCUGGUGCGUGUGGCCAGCGUGGAGGACGUGGAGGACCAUCGGAUAAAGCUCCACUUUGAUGGCUGGAGUCACGCCUAUGACUUCUGGAUUGACGCUGACCACCCAGACAUCCACCCUGCAGGCUGGUGCUCCAAGACAGGACAUCCCUUGCAGCCUCCUCUCCGACCCAGAGAGCCCAGCUCUGCCUCCCCCGGGGGCUGUCCCCCUCUCAGCUGUCGGAGCCUGCCACACACUAAGACCUCCAAGUACAGCUUUCACCACCGGAAGUGCCCCACUCCUGGUUGUGAUGGUUCCGGACACGUCACAGGCAAGUUCACAGCUCACCAUUGCCUCUCGGGCUGCCCGCUGGCUGAGAGGAACCAGAGUCGGCUGAAGGCGGAGUUAUCCGACACAGAGGCCUCGGCCCGUAAGAGGAACCUCUCGGGCUUCUCCCUAAGGAAGAAGCCUCGCCAUCAUGGCCGGAUUGGACGCCCUCCUAAAUACCGGAAGAUCCCACAGGAAGAUUUCCCAACGCUAGCCGCGGACGCCAUGCACCAGUCCCUCUUCAUGUCAGCCCUGUCGGCCCACCCGGACCGCUCGCUGUCCGUGUGCUGGGAGCAGCACUGCAAGCUCCUGCCAGGAGUGGCGGGCAUCUCGGCCUCCGCGGUUGCCAAGUGGACCAUUGAUGAGGUCUUCAGCUUCGUUCAGACCCUGACCGGCUGCGAGGACCAGGCACGACUCUUCAAAGAUGAGAUGAUUGACGGCGAGGCCUUCCUUUUGCUGACACAGGCGGACAUUGUGAAGAUCAUGAGCGUCAAGCUGGGUCCGGCCUUGAAGAUCUAUAACGCCAUUCUCAUGUUCAAAAACGCCGAUGACACCUUAAAAGGCAGCUCUGAGCACAGCCUUCCUGGGAAGAAAGUGGGUAGGCCCUGCCUCUGGCUGAGGCUCAGGCUCACAGAGGUUGCAUUGGUGCCCCCUUGGCCAAGAGGCAGGAGGGGCCAGUUCGAGCCUCUCUCCCUUGGUUCGCUUGGGUGGUGGCAGAACUCUCUAGCAACUUGGCCUGGUCGGCUCCUCUAUGAAACUGAGGAGAAACUGGCUUUGUGGUGUAAGGAGAAGGCAGCAAGGAUGCAUGGCUGUGCUGUGGGAGCUCCCCACUCCCGAGGAGCAGGACUGGGACAGCUCUGCCACGCGGAUCUGCCGGCCACACUCCCAGUGCUUGCCGACGGGAGAGGCAGGCUGGACUACCAACGGGCCUUGAGGAGAGGGGCCCCAGGCCUCCGAACUUGGAGACCUCAGCAACUUUCUGCACCAACGUCAAACUCUUCAGAAAGAAACCGUAAGAAAGGGGGAAAGCAGUCGGCCCUCCGGCCCCAUUCACCCACAUCUUGUCCCUAGAGGAGAUCCUCCCACAUUGAUGGGGAUGCAGGUGAAGGGAGGGCGUCAGCGCCAGCACCCUGCUCUGGGCAGCAGACACGGCUCACACUUUGGCCCCCAACAGCUGCACCCAGCCCCCGGCCCAGCCCUGGCUUAGGUCAGUGAGGACCUUUCUGUUUAAUUUCUGAAGCAGAGAGAACAAACCCAGAGUUUGAAAACGAAGCCUGUUUGCACUUUCAUUCACAUGCACUUUGGUGGGAUUGUUUUUGUACUUUCCGUAUGUGUGUGUGUGUGCACGCGUGUGCGUGUGUGUGUGUGUGUUCUUUAAGAGCAUCUUCUGGUUUAAGAUAAAGUGACUCUUGGCUCUUGAGGGAGAAAAAUUUACAAACUGUGGUGU